AUGAAGGUGAAAAUAGUUUGGAGGAAAGUUCGUGAUUAUGUCCGCUAUGAUUUGAAAGAAAUUGCAUUCCCCUCAUCUUUGCCCGACCCUCCUCAUUUCAAAAAACGUAGAAAAUUAACUUGGAAAGAACGAUAUUUGGUGAUGAAGGAAGCAACUAGACUUUAUGCUGCAAGCUGGGUAAGAGAUAUAGGUCCAGAGCUUCGACCAAAUGAAUACAAAAACAAGGAAAAAUCAGGAGAUGAAAAUGAUGGGAAAACAGGUUCCAACACAGAAUCGGAACCUUCAACAUUGGAGGAUCUUGCUGUUGCUGCUCGAGGUGGAAUGGAGACACUUAGGCCAGCUUUGCAACGGGUUUAUAUGAUUAGAGCAUCUGCUUACAGGGAUGCAUUAAAGAGCUUCAUACAAGGUUACCAAGAAGGCAUACAACAAGUCAUGGAGAAGAAAGACACCACCCUUGAACCUCCUCAACAAGAAGAAAGUAAUGACCCAAAAAAGACUAUUUGAUCUGUCUCAAAGGACCCUCAAAUUUUGUAUCUCCCUAUGAGCUAAUAAUAGUAUUCAGAUUUAGUGAUGUUGCAAACAGAAAAUGACUUUUUAGGUAUAGAUUAUAUGGAUUAUAGAUACUGUUUUUGUAAAAUAUCCUCCAUGUUUAUUAAAUUUUUGUAGCACAUUGAACAUAAGGACUCUACUCGUAUAUGUUGACUAGGCACACACAUCACAUAAAACCGGUGC